AUGGCCGGUGAAAUCUCUGCCGCCCUAGCAGAACAGGGAACCACGUGGAGCUUUAUUCCACCCCGUGCCCCACAUUUUGGUGGGCUUUGGGAGGCAGCGGUUCGCAGCUUCAUGUUCCACUUCUACCGAAUCAUUGGAGAGACUCAGCUUACCUACGAGGAGAUGUCAACCCUGGCUGCCAAAAUCGAGGCAUGCCUGAAUUCGAGGCCUCUUUGUGCCGCCAGUUCGUCCGCUACGGAUGCAGUCGCCCUUACACCGGGGCAUUUCCUUACGGGUUCUUCAUUGUUGGCCCUUCCAGAACCAUGUUCAGACGUGGAGCAGAAGAUAAGCACCGCUAAUCGCUGGCGUAUGCUCAACGACAUGUGCAACACUUUUUGGCGUAGGUGGCAGCGAGAACUCGUGCACCAACUCUAG